UUAGUAGGCAUUAGUAGGAGUAGGCGUGCCCAGAACAAAUAUUUCCUAAAAAAUGUGAUUUUAAUAUAGUAUCCAAUAGUUCGAUGUGUUGCCUAUAGAAUAAGCGAAAUGUGCUCCUGCAGUAUACGUUGCUGCUUCUUGUAUAGCUUGAUUAUAUUCUCCUUCAUUUACUACUAUAACGAUGUAGUGGUCGAUAACAUAGUCUUCGAGGAGCACCAUCUUGUGGAGAAAUACUCUGUGGACACUAAGGGUUGUCGUAUGCUGACUAUGGUUCCCAAUGACCACGACGUAAUGUUCCUGUGGCGCGGACUUCGUAGAGACUUUUGCCGCAGCAACCUAAACCUGACGUCCUUUAGCAAUUGCACCUACAACUACCUCAGGACAGAAGUGAAUAUGGAGUUUGCUAAAGCGAGGUACGGCGUCGAGACUUUGGAAAGUUUUAAGUGCAUGUAUUAUGCCAUGGAGCGACACACCGAUUUCGACAAUCGCUACUUGUACAGUCGAGAAUUCGAGUUGCUAACGGAUGGCAACAAUACAAUUGAGCCCCAUGCGGAUAUCAUAAGGGCUGAGUGCUUUAUCAACGCUACGAGCAUCUACAACGGAGUUCAUUUUUACGUUCAUCCGACCGACGAAUGGCUGCGCACCGCGCAGGGUCUCCCCCCUCUGAAGCUGGCUUCCGACGUCGGCAGUUUGUCAGUGUUGAUCGUGGGCCUAGAUUCCAUUUCCCAAAUGCAUUUCCACAGGAGCAUGGCUCGCACAGCCAACUUUCUGCUAUCCCUUCCGCACGUGGAACUUAGGGGGUUCCAUCGGUUGGGUGACGACGGCUUUGAUAGUCUGAUGCCGUUGCUUAGCGGUCUAAGUGGGCAGGAAUUGAAGGACGUUUCGGCGAACCUCAGCAGCCUGGACAGCUGUCCUUUUAUCUGGAAGGUUUUUCAAAAAGCCGGCUACGAAACGGGCCUGGGAGAGGAUAACAUAGACAAGAGUCUGUUCGUGAAGGGGUUUCGGAAGCCGCCAACAGACUUUUACCUUCGGCCUGCUCUUCUAGAGAUGUGGCUGAAAACGAGAACGGACGGACUAUUUGGCACGCACUGCAACGAGAAGGACAAUUACGCAAUGGUGCUUAGGGAGUUCUUAUUCAAGAUGCUUCCUCAUCAUACAGAGCACAGGUUCUUUACGUUCCUUUGGUGGACCCAGGGCAUCGAUCACUUGUUUAACUAUGGACGGAAGCUGGACCAACCGUUCCUGAAAAUGUUCAAAGCCAUAGGACGGAGUGGUCUGCUUAAGAACACGGUGCUCUUGGUGGUUUCCAACCACGGGUUAAAUAAGGGCCGGUUUUACAAAACCGUGCAGGGCAAAGUGGAGGAGAGUCAGCCCCUGGCGAUACUUUGCUACCCCAGGUGGCUGGAAGAACGAUAUCCGCAGGCCAUAGGCAAUUUAAAGAGUAACAAUCGUCGUCUGGUCACCGCGUUUGAUUUACACGCCACUCUCCACAACUUACCCAACCUGACCUCCCUGGAAGAUGAGCAACUGCAGCAGCGCAGAGUGGAUAUAUGGACAAUGGGCAAAGACAUUCCGCGGGGAAUAAGUCUUUUCUUGCCAAUUCCAGACCAUAGAGACUGUUUCUUGGCCGCCAUACCCACGGCGAACUGCCUGUGUCAGCAGCCUAGAAAUGUCUCGACUUCAGAUGGCUAUGUUCUGCGGGCAGCCCGUCUCAUUAUUCGAAACCUCAAUAAGAUGAUCCACACACACACUCCGCCUUGCAAAACUUUAUACCUGGACCGGGUAUUGACUGCCGAUAAGUGGAGGCGCAUCGCAGAUGAUCAUCAGUCGGAAUUUAGGGUGCGACUGGUAGCCACUCCGGGCGAGGGUCAGUUUGAAGGAAUCGUUAGGUAUACAGGAUAUAAGCUAGCUGUAGACGGGCAUAUAACACGCGUUAAUGACCAUAGAAAUGGCUCGCAGUGUAUUAGGAACUACUUGAUUGAAAGGUAUUGCUUUUGUCCUUAAGCCACCACUUACUCACCUUAUUUAAAAUUCUCAUAUUUAUAACGUGUAAACUAAUAUUACAUUAAUAGUUUUUGGCAAUAUAGUUGAGUUAAAAUAUAAAAUAAAUCGCCAAUAGAUCGAUUGUUUAAGCUUUAUUGUUCAUUGGCGUUAAAGUCGGCUUAAUAUAUGUUCAUUUAAAUUUGCGUUAGUGGUCUCUACAUGUGUAAUCUAAAAUCAAUUGCUCUAAUGGUUUUCCGAAUCUCAGUUUUAGAAUGAGAAAUUCGACUGAUCCACCAGCGAAAGCUGAUCGCAGUAAACGCACACGCAAGAAUCGACAACUAAUUAGUUAGUGAUGCUUUUGCGAGUAAUGGGUAAUGGCCAUCCUCUAACCGUGAGGUAAAAGUAUCAGUCUUCAAAAUGAGCAUGUGAACAGAAUGGGCAGAAGUUACGUGGCUAAGCAGAAUGGUGGGUGGUUGCCAAGGCUGAGGAAACUAUAUUGCCAUUUCCCAAUUUUUAGUUUUUGAGCCAGCAAAAUAUUUAAAGCCGGCCGAUAGUGCAGGGCUCAUCUUGAAGAACUCUCGGCUAUUUACAUCGAUUGUUUUUACAUAGAUAUAUAUAUAUUCUUGAUCAGGGUCAAUAGCUGAGUCUAACUGGCCAUGCCAGUCUGUCCGCCUGCCCGUAUUAACGUCUCGAUCUCAGGAACUAUAAAAGCUUGAAUGUUGAGAUUGAGCAGUCAGCUGCCAGAGUCAUAGGCGAAGUGCAAGUUUGUUUUCAACCUUAACGCCCCCAACCCGCCCAAAACUGCAACGCCUACACUUUUGAACAAUUAUUAAAUUUUUUCUCAUUUUAUUCCCCAAUAUCUAUCGAUAUCCUAAAAAAUUAUGAAAUUUCGCGUUCGCAUUUCCACUAGCUGAGUAACGGGUAUCUGAUAGCCGGGGAAAUCGACUGUAGCAUUCUAUCUAGUUCUCUCUUUUUGCGGAUGACGAUCGGUAUUACAUAUAUUAAUAUUAAAAUGUAUUCCCUAACGUGUUGACGCACUAAAAUCGAUAGAAAUAGGCUUUUUGUGGCUUUUGUUUCGGUCCUAACUCCUUUCUGUCUUAUUUAUCCCCAUUAACAUUAUCCGCUUCCUUGGAAUGACAUCAUUAGCCCAUCUGGGUGAACAUGGGCGAAGCUCAGUCAAAUUGCCGAUACCGAGUAUUUCCCAACAUCUGUUCCUUACAGAAACCAUGAAUGCUAGGCAUUGGUUUUAAUCUAAUGAUUUAUACAAAAUUAAGGUCGCCAUAUAGUCGCAUUAUUUACGCCUCAUAAUGAGUGAUUUAUGCGAGAGCUCAGCCUUGUGCGGCGUCUGGCAUCAGCGUGCAGUAUUCCCUUCCCAGACCGCCACGUCCUUCCUCACAUCACAACCUACCGCCGUGAUAAGAAGUGUUCAGCCAACGCCUGCGGUCAGAGAGUCACAUUAGCACAAAUGCCCGUAAUUAUGCUUUUUAUGAUGGCACCCACACCCCCUCCAGCCAGGUCAGUACCUUAUCGGCCUAGUUGUGUUUGUGGUGCUGACUCUCCAUAGAUGGGUAAAGAUUUUACGUCUUUUUAACUCCUCUUUUAUGUGCAGCCGGCGUCAACUAAACAAAAA